AUGGUCGCGCAAGAAUGUGAUAGAACCUCGACGGCCGCCAUUUUCUUCCUUUCUUAGCAGUUAGCUGAGAGGAGGUCUGUGAGAAGAAGCGGUAGCGGCUCUUGUAGUGUAGUCAUGGCAGACUAUUCAACAGUGCCUCCACCCUCCUCUGGGUCAGCUGGUGGUGGUGGCGGCGGCGGUGGUGGUGGAGGAGUUAACGAUGCUUUCAAAGAUGCGCUGCAGAGAGCCCGGCAGAUUGCAGCAAAAAUUGGGGGUGAUGCUGGUACAUCAUUAAAUUCAAAUGACUAUGGUUAUGGGGGACAAAAAAGACCUUUAGAAGAUGGAGAUGGCUCUUGGACAAGUCCGAGCAGUACAACACACUGGGAGGGAAUGCCCUCUCCUUUUAAAGAUCAACCAGAUGCUAAGAAAGUUGCUCCUCAGAAUGACUCUUUUGGAACACAGUUACCACCGAUGCAUCAGCAACAAAGCAGAUCUGUAAUGACAGAAGAAUACAAAGUUCCAGAUGGAAUGGUUGGAUUCAUAAUUGGCCGAGGAGGUGAACAGAUAUCACGCAUACAACAGGAAUCUGGAUGCAAAAUACAGAUAGCUCCUGAUAGUGGUGGCCUUCCAGAAAGGUCUUGUAUGUUAACUGGAACACCUGAAUCUGUCCAAUCAGCAAAACGGUUACUGGAUCAGAUUGUUGAAAAAGGAAGACCAGCUCCCGGAUUUCAUCAUGGCGAUGGUCCCGGAAAUGCAGUUCAAGAAAUCAUGAUUCCAGCUAGCAAGGCAGGAUUAGUUAUUGGAAAGGGAGGAGAGACUAUUAAACAACUUCAGGAACGGGCUGGAGUUAAAAUGGUUAUGAUUCAAGAUGGGCCUCAGAACACUGGUGCUGAUAAACCACUUAGGAUUACAGGCGACCCAUACAAAGUUCAACAAGCCAAGGAAAUGGUGUUAGAGUUAAUUCGUGAUCAAGGUGGUUUCAGAGAAGUUCGAAAUGAAUACGGAUCAAGAAUAGGAGGAAAUGAAGGGAUUGAUGUUCCCAUCCCAAGAUUUGCUGUUGGUAUUGUAAUAGGAAGAAAUGGAGAGAUGAUCAAAAAAAUACAGAAUGAUGCUGGUGUUCGAAUCCAGUUUAAGCCAGAUGAUGGAACAACACCUGAUAGAAUAGCACAAAUAACAGGACCGCCAGACCGAUGUCAACAUGCUGCAGAAAUUAUUACAGACCUUCUUCGAAGUGUUCAGGCUGGUAAUCCUGGUGGACCUGGACCUGGUGGUCGAGGAAGAGGUAGAGGUCAAGGCAACUGGAACAUGGGACCACCUGGUGGACUGCAGGAGUUUAAUUUCAUUGUGCCAACUGGGAAGACUGGAUUAAUAAUAGGAAAAGGAGGUGAAACCAUAAAAAGCAUAAGCCAACAGUCUGGUGCAAGAAUAGAACUUCAGAGAAAUCCUCCACCUAAUGCAGACCCUAAUAUGAAAUUAUUUACAAUUCGUGGCACUCCACAGCAAAUAGACUAUGCUCGGCAACUCAUAGAAGAAAAGAUUGGUGGCCCAGUAAAUCCUUUAGGGCCACCUGUACCCCAUGGGCCCCAUGGUGUCCCAGGCCCCCAUGGGCCUCCUGGGCCUCCAGGGCCUGGAACCCCAAUGGGACCGUACAACCCUGCACCUUAUAAUCCUGGACCACCUGGCCCAGCUCCUCAUGGCCCUCCAGCCCCAUAUGCUCCUCAGGGGUGGGGAAAUGCAUAUCCACAUUGGCAGCAACAGGCUCCUCCUGAUCCAGCUAAGGCAGGAACGGAUCCAAAUUCAGCAGCUUGGGCUGCUUAUUAUGCUCAUUAUUAUCAACAGCAAGCACAGCCACCACCUGCAGCUCCUGCAGGUGCACCAACUACAACCCAGACUAAUGGACAAGGUAACUAUGGAGAUCAGCAAAAUCCAGCUCCAGCUGGACAGGUUGAUUAUACCAAGGCUUGGGAAGAGUACUACAAGAAAAUGGGUCAACAAGGGCAGACACAAGAUUAUUCAAAGGCUUGGGAGGAAUAUUACAAGAAGCAAGGUCAAGCAGUUCCUGCUCCUACUGGGGCUCCACCAGGUGGUCAGCCAGAUUAUAGUGCGGCCUGGGCUGAGUACUAUAGACAACAAGCAGCUUAUUAUGCCCAGACAAGUCCCCAGGGAAUGCCACAGCAUCCUCCAGCACCUCAGGGCCAAUAAUAAGAAGUGGACAAUACAGUAUUUGCUUCAUUGUGUGGGGGAAAAAAACCUUUGUUAAAUAUAUGGAUGCAGACGACUUGAUGAAGAUCUUAAUUUUGUUUUUGGUUUAAAGUAGUUUUUUUUUUUUUUUAUCUUUUUCUUUUUCUUUUUUUUUUUUUUGAAAAUGUACAAAAUAUCUAUCACUACUGAUAGGAGGUUAAUAUUUCUGUGUAGAAAUGAAAAUUGGUUUGUUUUUAGUGUUUAGUGUAGAUGUACACAUUCCAGCAAAUGUAUUUGCAACUAUUAUGUGGUCAAUGCUUUGUGAUAUAAAUGUACUUUUUCAAUGUAUACUUUCACUUUUAAAAUGCCUGUUUUGUGCUUUACAAUAAAUGAUAUGAAACCUCCUGUGUCGGUAAGUUGGAUAUGUGGGUAUUUAAAGAAUUCGUAAUUUCUUAGCAGUGAUAAGAUACAUAUACACAAAUAUGUAAGCUUUCCCCAUGAAUUAUUGAGUUUUUAAACACUGGCAUGUUUUUUCCCCCUUGCAGUAUAGUGGUAGAUUGGAGACUUUUCCAUUUAUUGUAUUUGGCUAUUUCAGCACAAGUAAUCCUGAUAUCUUCAUUUUUUUUCCUUCUGUUUGAUUAAAAACUGCAUGUGUGUACAAUGAUCUUUUGGCAUACUUCCAUUGCAUUAACAGUAAAAUUUCCUUUUAUACAUGACCACUGUUUCAGACCUGUACUGCUGCUAUAACAGUUAACCUUUCUGUUCUUAAUUUGAUAUUUACUUGAUUUCCAAGAUUGUUUCAGCAUAACUAAUUUUAAACAGUUUUCAGAUAGUGAAUUUGAGUAGUCUAAUGAGUUUUUUUCAUGUAAAGCAACUCUUUCAAUGUAUAUAAUAUUAGUGUGUUUCUUUCUAAAUUUAGGGUAGAAAAGUGAAUAGUAUGCAAAAAGUAUAGCUACAUUGCAUCUGCCAUUGAAACAUAAUUGGGGUAUGGAAACGUUCAAGCUUUUUUCUUUUUUCUCUUUUUUUUCUUUUUGCAGUAUAGAUAAGCUUUGUUUUGUAAAUGCACAAGUCCAAUCAUUGAAUCAACUUAAUUUUUUUAUGUACUUGAAAUCAUUUUAUUACUCUUUAACACUCAUGCUGAAGUUCUGAUAUUUUGUUGAAAUCCAUUGUUUUACUCUUUGCAUAUUUGUUGGCUCUUUGCAUAUUUAUAGACUACAUGCAAAUACAGUCUGUCUUGCCAUUGUCUGUUGAAGUGCAGGUUUGAUCCAGCCAGUAUAGAACUAGCUCUGUAGGGGUGAGGAGGACUGUGCUGUGUAUCAUCCUUGAUUGUGUUCCUUCAAGGAGCAUUGCACUGUAAGUACAUCAGAAUGACAAAUUGAUGAACUGCAACAGUAUCUUUUUGUCAAUGUUCCACAUAAUGCAAAUGCCAUAUUUUGUGUGAAUAUUAUGUUGGAAUACAGUGCUAAUAUCUUGGAAAACCAUAAUUGUUUAACAUAGAAUAAUACAUAGUUCUGUUUUUUUUUUUUGUUUUUUUUUUUUUUUUUUAAGUGAGCUUAAUGGGUAAGUAUUUUUGAUAUGCUUUAGCUAUAGCUAAAGAAAACUUGAUCAUUAACAAAAUUGAAUAGUAUUACUGGUGCUCCUAAAAUACUGGUUUUUGGUUAAAAUAUGCAUAUCGUAUAUUAAUAUGAAAAACUUGAAAUGUAUAAGACAGAAGUGGUUUUCAGCUUGCAAAUAAUAAGCAAUGUAGCACUUUUAACACCAUAAAUAUAUUUUCUGUCAUUGGUGGGGAGCACCAUUUGUUGUUUUGAAUAUACUUUAAAGGAAGAUGUACAAGAACAAAAUGUUGAGAUUACUAUAGGGUGGAAAAUAGCAGUACAGUUCAUUGUAGAUAUUUUGAAAUGUUUUUGAUUGUUUUAUAUAACCUAGAGUGACUUCCCUUACCCUUAUUUAGAUAUGGAUGUGUAGUACUAGUUUGAAGUUUAAUAGUUAAGGAGUUAGUUAUCUGUUAUCUUUAAGAGUAGGGUAUUGACAUGAACAAUUUCAGUAUUUUGCAUGAUUCUGUUGUAUAGAUGAUCUUUUAGGAAAGUGGUGCAUUUAUUAAUUAAAACAGAAGAAAUAGUUCAGUUGGAUUCAAUAUCAUAACUCACAAAUUGGAGGCUGUUGAUUUUGAUUCAUUUAAGGUUUAAAAUCUUUAUUAAUUGCAAACAGUGCAAUUAUUUAUACUUCACAGUGCCUUCCCAGACCUUCCACCUUAGGUUCUGCUGCAAAAAGCACAGGUAAGCACAACCUAAGGACAUAUAUAAAUAAAUAUUUCAGUACAUUAAUGUUGUCCCUGUGAGGUUUUUGUGGUUGUGUACUCAAAGCAAUCUGCUGCUGCUACCCCAAAAUGUAUUUUGUUAUGCUACCAUUUUAGUGGAAAGUCUGUUAAGUUGUUCAAGCAACUGUACAUUUCUGGGUAAUGUUUUUUAUUUUAAUUUUUUUAUUAAAACAAAAUAAUGUAGAUUGCUGCUAUAACUGAUCUACAUGCAAAUCUUUUUGCAUUUUUCCCCCAAAUAUAAAAUUGUUGCAGUUAAGAAAGGACAAUUACAUAAUUUUCAAGACUUAGGAAAUCGUUUGGUCAGAAACUUCAACAGCCUUCACAGUCUGUUUAUGAUUGACAGGACAUUUCUUUGCCCUCCAAAACUGUGGUUUCUUUAUUUUCUUUUUUUCUUAUUCUUGAACUGUAGUAAUUCAGUAAGAACAUUAUGGGACAGUUUGGUUUUUUUGUUUUUUGUUUUUGUUUUUGUUUUUUCUUAGACAAAUCUGUUUUCAUAACAAAUGCUGAAAAAGGAAAAAUUAUGAAAUACUGGCAGUAUAUUUUGAUAAAAGGCAUGUGCAUCAGUGAAAUGUUAACUGUAUAGCAAAUAACCUUUCAUAAUCUGUGUAGCAACCAAUAUUUUUCUGACUUAUAAUAUUUUAAUAACUGACGCUGCAUUUAUUUUAUUUUUGCCAGUUUAAAAUGUUUUGUGUGUUAUAGAUGAUUUUAACUGGUACAUAUUUUGAGUUAAGAUGAAUGUAUUAAAGCAGCAUCAUACCAGUUUUGUUUAUUCAAUUUCUAAAAUGUGCUGAUCCUUUUAAACUCCUGCUUAUCUGUACAUCAAAGAAAAAUAUUCAAAAAUACUGCCUUCAUUUUCACACACAGUGCUGAAGAUGCUGCAAGCACCAAAUCAUAGCUCAUAAAAUCAGGUCCUGAGAUAGUUACCCAUAAAGAGGAAUCCUUUGAGUGUAUGCCAUUGGUGAGCCGAUGAGCAUGGACCAUAGAAGGGCUCAAUGUAGAAGGUAAAAUUGGCAAAUCAUAAUUGAGAAAUAUGAAAUGUAUUCCCAUACAUAAUAUGGUGUAGGGUGUAAUGUACCUGCUUUUGAUCACUUUUCAUUUUAAAGUGCUAUUCACUUGAUCUUAAAUGUUCCAUGAACUGUUAAAUUUCUUAAGUUACUGCACCACAUUUAUGCUAUGUGUAUUUGAUAGUCAAUGCUAGUUAUGUUAAAAUUUGAUAGUAUAAAGGGGCUCUUUUGACCUUAAGAACCCUGUCAAGUUUUGGUUAGUUGUAGUUUGCAUUUUUAUAGAGGAAAAUACAGAUGAAUGCUAUUAGAUAUGUGGCAUUGUUGCUAUCAUGAGAAUUUUUUAAUUCAUUACCAUAACCUUCCUGAUAAAAUAAGCAUUUUUUUUAAAUGGCACUAAUCUUAUUGUAUCUUUGAAAUAAAGGGAAAGCAAAAAAGGUGAGCCAGUUGGUUUGAAAUGAAAUGGAUGUUAGCCAUGGUAGAAAAAAAUGUUUAGUUUUAGAUGGAACUUUCACUGAUUGAUUUGACUAGCACUUGAGCAAAAACUUGACAGUGUGUUUUUUUAAGACUCUUAGUGUGGUGAUACUUAGAAUUCUAUGGUUUGAUAUUUUUUUUUCUUUUUUCUUUUCUUUUUUUUUUUAGAAAUAAGUAUAUUUUUUAAUUAAUAAAAAUGGUUUAAUGCUAAGGCUAGUGAUUUGAUACUAGUUGUUUAUUAACAUUGUAAAAUAUAUCCUUAAAUAUCUUUGUAGUUAAUUCAUAAUGACAAGUUUGGUUAGGUGUAGGAGAGUAAUUUAGAAAGAAAUAGGAGUAUAUGACUAAGUAACAGUAUUUGUUUGGAUACUCUGCCAGUAGAACCUUCUACCUAGAAAGUUAUCUGUUGUCUAAAAUAAUGAUAUAGUUUACUAAUCAAUGAGGAUGUCUUAUUUUUUUUUCUGCAAAUUCUGCCUCAUUUUAAAAUGCUUUUUAACAAUACCUAGUUAAAUAUAAUUUUGAUUCUGAUAAUAACCUUACGUUUUAUUUAAACAGUCACUUGAUUUUUCUUACCACAAUAAAACUUUUGAGGGAUUUUAAAUUGGUGCUUUUAAAAAGCAAAUAAAUCCCAAGGUUUUAUUUUCUUCAGUAGUACCCCUAAAGAAAACUCUUAAAUGUAUUUGCGAAUAUAUAUAUAUUUUUUCUUAUGCAUGCUCGAUGCAUUUUCGUCCUGAGAAAAGUGUUCUCUACAGAAACUACCCGUGUGUAAAAAGAAGAUUGGCUUAAAAUGGCUACUGUGAUGGGAACAGUGUCUUAGGGAGAUGCAGCUUGGACUUGAGGUAAAUUGAAUACUUUACAAACUGUGGUUUAGAGUUUGCUUUAAUGACAUUGUGUGUAAAAGGAUACAUGCUUGCUGUAAUUUUGUAUUCAUUAUGGUCUCCUCAAUAAAAAAAAUUAAUAAAUGUACUUUGGUGAAUUAUAAGAGUAUUUUGUG